UUUUGGCUAUCCCGAGUUGUGUCCACAACUCGUCACAGGAUCCUUUCUGGGGCCAAUACAGAAACGGAGAGGAAGAGGGAGAUUGAGUGCAAGAACAAGCGAGCUAUGGCAGACAGAAGCUCAGCCACAAACACAGAGGAGGAUUUGCUUCUCAAGAGCUUCUUCGCUGAAGUCAGCGAAGUCGAGAGAGAUAACGAAGUCGGCAGGAUUCUUUCAUGCUUCAAGUUAAAUCCAUUUGAGUAUCUAAAUCUACCAUUUGAAGCAUCUCCAGUGGAAGUAAAGAAGCAGUAUCGUAAGUUGUCUUUGUUGGUUCAUCCUGACAAGUGCAAGCAUCCACAAGCAAAAGAGGCCUUUGCAGCAUUGGCAAAAGCCCAACAACUUUUACUUGAUGAACAAGAAAGAGAUUAUAUUCUUAGUCAAGUUACUGCAGCAAAAGAAGAACUUCUAGCGAAGAGGAGGAAACAAUUGAAGAAAGAUACAGCCAGUAAAAUAAAGUCAUUGGUUGAUGAGGGAAAAUAUGAACAACAAUAUGAACGGUCUGAGGAGUUCCAGCAGGAACUCAAAUUGAAGGUUCGAGAAAUAUUAACCGAGCAAGAAUGGCGAAGAAGGAAAAUGCAGAUGAGGAUAUCAGAAGAGGAAGGUCGAUUGAAGAAGGAUGAAGAAGAACAAAAGGAGAUGUGGAAGAGAAAGCGUGAACACGAGGAGCAGUGGGAAGGAACAAGAGAACAGAGGGUUUCAAGCUGGAGAGAUUUCAUGAAGACAGGGAAGAAGGGUAAAAAAGGAGAAAUUCGACCGCCGAAACUCAAGACAGAGGAUCCCAACAAAUCCUAUGUUCAAAGGCCUGUAAAGCGAGGUUAACUGUAGAUUGGGGGUCAACCAAGUUUUCUUGAGAGCUGAAGAGUGCUUUUAAUUGAAAGGAUUAAAACUUUAUAACAGUAAUAUAUUAAUACAUUUAAAAGAGAUUGUAUAAUACAUUUAUUAAUGUGUUUUAUUUUCAAAUCCUUGAAGAAUCAGUUCAAACA